AUGGAAGAUCCGAACGAUCCGAAAGAACCGUUCAAAGGAGAUUCAAGUGGCCCCGGAGCACACGCCGCGAACAACCAUCCUGGUCAAAAGAGAGCAAACGAAGGGCGUGAAGAGGUGAGAACAAUACAUUAAUACAUAGAGAGAGAGAGAAUCUAAUUGGAUUUUAUCUAGGAAACAAACAUAACUCGCGCCAGUCUUAUUUUGUCACAGAAUCUGUCAUGUCUCUGUGACAAAUUGCAAAGAAAAUUUGAGGUAAUAUAGGAGUUCGUUUCAUGAUAUUGAACUAAUUUUUAGUAUGUUUUGUCUAGGAAACCAUUGUGACUAGCGCUAUUCUGACCAAGACUGUUGAUCGCUUUGCUUAGCAGAAUUGGUUCAACUACGCUAAAUGCAUAAUUCUCCACUAUAAUUGAUUUUUUCCAGAUGCUUCAAGAGUCGGAUCAUGAAAAAAGAGCCAGAAGAAACCCCAAUGUUGGAGAAAACGUCUCGCAAGAAUUUGGUUUCACCUCUGGACCUUCCUUCGUCCAGAAUGUUGCAUUCCACCAAGCGCAGCCGGUUGUUCCACAACGCAACACCGGAAAAGAAACCAAUUCGGAGGAGAAUCAGGAGUUGCCAUCAGAUCUAUUUGUGCCGAACUUCCAGUUCGAGCAGCAAUAUUUGGAGCCAGAGGCGGCUGGACAACAGCCCGGAAUAGGAAACAGUUCUUUUUUGAAUGGAAAUUCGUACUUGGACAUGGAUCAGCAUCAGCAGGCAAAUUCAUCGGCAAUGGACAUCAGGCAACAGCAAGUCCCGACAGAAUUUCAAUACGGUGUUGGAGAUAAUUCUCAUUCGAACGGAAAUCCGUCUCUGGCAAGUUAUCAAAAUCCACAGCCGAAUCUGUUUGCGAUGGAUAUGAACCUGCAGUCCGUUCCGAUUGAACUCCAGAACGGGAGUGGAGAUUUUGCUUAUUCGAAUGGAAUUUCUUUUUUGCGAACGGAUGAACAUCUAAAGGCGGAUUCGAAUCAGCGGCCUGUCGUCAUAGGACAGCAAAAUUUGGAUGACUUCGACGAGUUCGAACAUUUGGAGGUCCUGGACGAGGGCCCAGUCUUGGCGGGACCAGUGCAGGCUCUUCCGAGACAGCCGGAAGCCAAUUUGGAAAAGUCUCCGGAACAGCAACCAGUCAUACCCAAACCCGUUUCGGCGACACUGAAAACGAAUAUGAAGAGAAUUGUCCCAAAUCCAAUGGCCUUGGCGACACCCGAAGAGCUUAUCGGUUAUAAGCUUUUCAAUUAUGCACCAGAACAACUGAAAUUAUUGAAAUUGAAACCGAUACCGAGUAAGUAGAUAAGAGCAAAGCGCACAAUGAAAAUUAUUUUUCAGUCACCAUGCGGGACGUACGAACGCUGGAAAAUAAUUAUUAUCUCAACGAUAUGAUUAUUAAUAUGAUGCUGGCCUACUUUUCUGUCAACAUGAUUGAAGAUGAAUUGUAAGUGAGGGGAAAUAUUGAACAUUUACAGUGCGUGUUAAAUGUAUAGGGCACUAUGAAAAAUACUGCAUCAAAUUGUAUCAGGAACUCAUUUAGCCUGGAAGAAAACUGAAGCACCUUGCAUAAAAACAAUUCAAACAUAAAAAACAAGUCAAUGACCACACUGAAAUUAUUCAGUGUUUCAUAUGUUUGACACAUACUGUAGUAGACUUUGAAUAAUCUGGUCAAAACUUUAAACUUUUUACAGACUGAAAAAAAUUCAAAUUUGCGAUCCUUAUCACUUCACCACCCUGAACAACGGAAUUUGUCCGGAUACAUUCUCAGGACGAAACGGUGUUGAUCUGGAAAUCAAUCCAACUUUCAAACCACAAAUUGAGGAGUCUAUCGAGGAAUGUCUUCGUGCGAACUGUAGAAAAGUGUGUGGAUGGGCAAAAUGUGACAUUUUCACGAAAGAAUUUGUCAUUCUGCCGUGCAACUAUGUUUUUCAUUGGACCCUCGUCUGUAUCAUCAAUCCCAAAGGAGCAGUCGUGGAAAUGGACCGCGAGGAAGAGUCUCGAGCCGCUCCCAAGUGCUACAUUGCUUUCUUUGAUCCGCUGGGUGGCUUCAAUCAAGAUCGGAACGACCACUUCAAGUAUUUGAUGGAAACGUUCUUGCACGAGUCGUUCAACACAAGAAAGAUGCCGGAUACGCAGUUCAGUAACCCAUUUUUUGAUCCCAAAAGAGCGAUAUUCACAAUUCCGCAAAAUUUGCCUUGCCAGAGAAACUUGUAUGAUUGUGGCAAAUUUCUACUGCACUUUUUCGAAGGCAUAUUUUAUCCGAACCAGACAAUCAGCGUUGCGGUAAGUUUAAGUUUUGUCUUAUUUCGACUCAACACAUGAUUUUUCCAGGAUUUUCCCCAUUUGGAUUGGUCUGCUCGUUUUCCCAAGGCAAACGAGAUGGCGGAACUGAUGAACUACAAGGCUUACAACGUGAUUCUUUCACUUACUAAUAAGGAGGGACGCGAGCACAUUUCCCGAUCCGAGAAGGCCAUGAAGUACGGUCUCGGCCGGGAAGGAAAUUUGCGAAGAUCACGCCGUCACAGUGCCGAGAAUCGUCGCCAGCCACGCCGCCCGGAGUAUUACCGGCGUCACUACUCGGUGUCACCGCCGGCUCAGUGGAUAAUGGAUGACCCACAAUUCACAAAUCCCCGUGAGCUCGUCGAGAUGCCCAUCACUAAAAAGCUUCGUGCAAAGUAUUGGCCAAUUAUCAGUACAUCCGUUAUCUACUAA